CCGACUUCUGCCUCCAUCCCUGGGGGGCUUCACCUGCAGAAAACCACUGAAGCUCCCCAGGUGGGUGCAGGAGAGGGGAGAAAUGCCUCUGCCAGCGCUACUCCUGCACAGCCUGGUCCUGCUGGGGCCCAGCAGGGGCAGACAGUGUGGAGAGGUCAAAAGCCUCCGGAGUCCUCUGAUGAUCCUGUAUCCAGAACCCCCCAGAUGCCAGGAGGACAGCAACAGAAGCAUGCUGAGCUGGGAGCUCCCUGGGCAGUGCAGUACUCCCCUGCCAGGAGCUGCCACCUUGUCCUGGGGGAUGGCUCCGGGACCUUCUCCCUGCCGCCACGCGCCGAGGCCGAGACCAACAUCUGGUGCAACUGGACCAUCCUGGGGGGCCCCCAGAAGCACCUCCUCGUCUACAUCCAGGGAUUCCAGGGCACUGAUGGCUGUGCCAAGAACCAGGACAAGAUCAUCUUCCAGGGGGUGCUGUCCAGGGUGGAAACCCAAGCGGUCUAUGCCUGCCACAACCGAGGGACUCUGAUCUUCGCUACCCAAGCCGCUGCGCUCCACAUCGUGCUCCUGGCCUCCCUGCCCAGUCAGUAUGGACACUUCAAAGGUCACUACUAUGUCUUCAGAGACUCUGGCACCAGGGGCCUCUCCAGUGACACCAUGGCCCCCCAAGAGCCUGUCCAGGAGGCCUCCAAGAAAGCAAGCUGGAGGAUGGCAGUCACAAAAGAUUGGUUGCCCACGUUAAGAGCAUCUCCAGGCCCACCACGUGCACCUGCUGGUGGGAAGGUCCAGCCUGAGCUUGUGAGCCCCACUGAAGAGGCUCAGCACCCUCCUGGUCUCCUGGAAUCUGCUCAGUCUGGUGCUAACCUCAGCAAGCUGGAGCUGGAUGAGUGUGGUCAGCUGCAGGAUGAGAGAGAGCUGGACAGGAGCCUCGAGGACCGUGGCAGUGAGGGAGCUGAAGGUGAUGUCUUGGUGGGGUUGUCUCCAGCUCAGCAAGGUGCUGAGGUGUCUGCUGCAGAGCCUGCAGAGGCAGAGCUGGUCUCUGCCCUGCUGACCUGCUGCCCCCCAGCGAGUGUCCCCUGCCCGGAGGUGCCCAGCAGCAGUGCAGAUGUCUCGGCCACACCACCUGGCCUGGGUGAGGCCAGUGCCAGCCUGCUGGAUGAAGUGGCCUCUGCUGCACCUGGCACACAGACACCAGUGCUGGAAGAGCCACUGCUGACCAGGAACACAAAACCUGCUCCUCUCUACCCUUCUCCUGCUGUGACUGCUGGAGGUGUGACAUCUCCAGGAGAGGGACCUGAAGAGCUCCUUGAUCUGCUGUCUGCCCUGCCCUCGCUGGAGAACGACACAGAGCUGCAAGCCCAGCACCAUCCUGGAGAUGUGCUGUUUGAAGUCACUGCUGAAAUCAACCCCCAGGGCUGGAUUCCUCCUGAUGAUAGGGAGCUCCAAAAAGGUCUCCUGGACUCCAUGAAGAACUAUAUCCAGCAGAACCUGAAGCUUCCUGCCAAGAGAGUCAGUGAGGUCAAGUUAAAGGAGAUCAAAAGGACCAGCGGUGCCAACCUGCUGCUGCGGCUCUGGCUGCAGCUGAAGCCGGAGGACCGGAACCUGUCUGCGCUGCUGCACUCCCAGCUGCAGCAGCUGCCGGGCGCCCGGGCCGGGCCGGAGGAGCCGCAGCUCGUCUCGCUGCUGGUCGAAGACGUGGACGAGUGCGGCGCCGGCCCCAGCCUCUGCGGGGAGCAGGCAGAGUGCUUCAACCGCCCGGGCACCUACCUCUGCCGCUGCAGAGAGGGCUACGAGGACCGUUCCCCCACCAGAUCCGGCACCUCCUGCGUCCCUGCUCCCCGAUCAGGGACCGUUUUCCUCCAGUACGCUGACAUCCUGGUGGGGGCGUCCCUGGUGGCUGCCCUGGCAAUGCUGGUAGCUGCCGGAGCCAUGUGCAGGCAGAGGUGGAGCUGCAGGAAGAGCCCCAGCCCCGAGGAGCCGGCGGGUAGGGCUGAGGAGGAGCCGGCGCUGGAGCUGCCAGCCCUGGGGGAGUGCCUGCGCCUCGACCCCUUCCAGCUGAAGCUGCGGGCCAGGACCCCCGAGUGGCUCUGA